CAGCACAAGAUAAAUACAGCGUCUUUUAAGAGCAAUGGGAUUGAAAAGAAGGUGUUCACAGAUACCUAUAAAUGAUGCUAUUCAAGCAAUAACUACAGAGCAAAUGAGUAGUGGAAAUUGCUUAGGAUACAGAGCUAUGACAAAGCGGUUACUUUCUAAACAUGGAUUACGUAUACCAAGGGACACGGUUGCACAUUUGCAGAAAAUCAUCGCCCCGGAAGGAGUAAAUGAUAGAAAGCACCAUAGAUUUACGAGACGUUCUUAUAUAAACAAGGGCCCAAAUUACUUAUUACACAUAGAUGGUUACGACAAGAUAAAACCUUAUGGAUUUGCCAUUCACGGAGCGAUAUGUGGAUAUUCUAGAAGAAUUCUUUGGCUACAAGUUGGAAGAACAAAUAAUAAUCCUAAAGUUGUAGCAGGAUUUUUUCUACAAUGUCUCCGAGAAAUAAAAGGUGUUCCACGUUGUGUUCGAACUGAUAGAGGAACGGAAAAUUCUGAAAUCGCCAAAUGGCAAAUGGCAUUUCGAUGGAAUCAUCAAGACGAUAUGGCAGGAGAACACAGUUUUCUGAUGGGAUCAUCACCAGCUAAUCAGAGAAUCGAGCGAUGGUGGUUAUCAAAUAGGCAAGGCGGCGGCCAAUUCUGGAUUGCUUUUAUGAAAGAUCUUCAGGAUACUGGGAUAUUUUCAAGUGCAAACCACUUACAAGUGUAA